CCAUGAAGCGGACGACGCUGGUCAUCAGCAACAUCCACUGUCCGUCCUGCGUCGCCACGAUCACUGACAUCCUCGAGUCCUUCAAUCCUGUCGAACUAGCCUCAAAGCCCUCAGAACUGCCCAGCGAUCACAUCUCGACCCUCACUUCAGACUCUGCAACGCCUCUGCAGUCACGCCUCGCGCCUGCCAAGCUGAUCAAGAACAUAGAGGUCUCCAUUCUUGAAGGGACCGUCAAGUUCUUGCGCUCUGUCGAGCAGCCUGUGGCGCCCAUCUUUGACGAGAUCGAAGCGAGCGGCUUCAACGUCGUCCGAGGACGCUCAGUAGCGCGGAAAGAGAAGCCUGCUGACCCAGUGUCCUACCAGGCCGCGCUUGCCCAGGUCAGGUCGGCUUCUUCGCGAUGGUCAAAAGCAGCCGAGUCUCUUUGGCCUGGUCAUCAGGCCAAGCGCCACAAGGCACAUCGAUUGGUCUGUGCUGCAUGCCGUCGCGAGGACGAAGCGGCGCAGUCUCACUCGAUACGUCCAUCUGCCAGAUCGAGCGAGAGAACUCAGCUUGAGUCAGGUGCCGUCGAGCCUAUGGGCCUGCGUCAGCGAAGGGUGCGCAGCGACAGGCAGACCAAUGAGCAGCCCGAGUCACCCAUUCGCAAGACAACGUUCGCGAUAGGUGGAAUGACAUGCAUUGCCUGCGUUCAGGGCGUACGAUCGGGCUUCGAGGAUGCAGGCCUAGGCAUCAAUGACGUCGUCGUCUCUUUCAUGCCACCUUCGGCCACAAUCGUGCACGACAUUCGCGAAUGGGAUACUGCAAGACUCAAGCAUCGUAUCGAGGACUCUGGCUACGACGCCGACAUGGUCUCGAGCGUGGUUGUCGAUCCCCAGAGUACGGCGAAGAAGGCUGCAGAGCCAGUCUCUUACAUCGCCCAGUUUUCUAUAGGCGGUAUGACCUGCUCUAGCUGUGUCGGCUCUAUCGACAAUGCGCUCAAACAGCAGCUGUCUUCACAUCUACAAGAGCUCAAGAUCGAUCUGAUCGGGGGCAAGGCCACUCUGCGCGUCAAUGAACAGUCGUCUAUCGAAGCAGCACGCAACGAGAUUGAAGAUCUCGGCUUCGAAGUCGCACUUUCGAGCGUAAUUGAGCAAGGCGAAGAAGCCGCCUCGCAUCUCCGAUCCCAACGACGCGAGCUGCAAAUUCGCGUUGACGGCAUGAUGUGCUCAGAUUGUAUCGGCAAAGUCAACAAAGCUCUGCAAGAUCUGGUCGAAGCGCAUCCAUUUGCCGAGCUGUCUUACGAGCCUGUCGAAAUCUUCGAUGUUGCAGAAGAUAUCGAGUCUCUCAUUCGCCUCUCGUACUUGCCGCAGCCGCCUGCAUUCACGAUAAGAUCCAUCAAACAAGCUAUCGAGGCACUAGGCUUCAAAUUCUCCAUUCAGCGCGAGGAUACCUUACAAGAUCGAGCUCAAAGAUCACAAGAGCGUGAGAGAAUGCGAAUACUCAUCAGACUCUUCAUCUGCUUCCUCUUCGCUAUCCCCACUUUCACCAUCGCCGUCCUCGGCAUGACUUUGCUACCAUCAUCCAAUAGCUUUCGUGCUCAGCUCGACACUCCCGCUUGGGGUCAGGCUUCGCGUGGCACGCUCGCACUCUUUGCCCUGGCGACACCUGUGCAAUUCGGCGUCGGCCAGUUUUUCUACACCCGAGCGUACAAGAGCCUGCGAGGGGUCUGGCGGAGCCGACGAGGCCAAGUCAGCUGGAAAAGGACUGCCUACAAUCGGCUGUUGCGCUGGGGCAGCAUGGACACGCUUGUCGCGCUCGGCACGAGUCUCGGCUACUUUGCUAGUGUGGCCUAUAUGAUUCUCGCCAUCACUGCCACGAUUGACAGCGAGAGUGAUCAGAUGGGCUACUUCGAUACCUCUGUCUUUCUCAUGCUCUUCAUUCUUGCCGGACGAUAUCUUGAGAGUGCGAGCAAGCAUCGUACCGGUGAUGCACUGGCAGAACUUGGGCAGCUGAAGCCACUCAAAGGCUACCUGUAUGAUGGCCAGACUGGCUCGGUCACUGGUGAGACGUUAGCGGACGAGCUCGAUGUUGGUGACCUCUUGGUGGUCCCUACGGGCGAAUCGCCUCCUCUCGACUGCCGACUGAUAAGCUCCAGUCCGCCGACAUCAUUCAACGAAGCGUCUCUGACAGGCGAGGCAAGACCGGUGCUCAAGUCACCCGGGGAUGACAUCUAUGCUGGCACGACAAAUCACGGUCCAGCUGCUGCCAUUGCAGUGAUCACCAAAGCUCAAGGUGGCAGCGCUCUCGAUGACAUUGUCAACGUCGUUCGAGAUGCGAUGGGCCGCAAAGCGAGCAUCGAACGUAUUGCUGAUCUCGUCACUGCUUACUUCGUACCUGCGGUCGUAGCAGUCGCGACACUCACUUUCGCCAUCUGGGCUCUGCGUGGCUACGCUGGCGACUUGCCCACGCAUUGGUUGCCCCCGCACGAUCGAGGAGGCUGGGCACUCUUCGCCGUCCAAUUCGGUGUGGCAGUCCUAGUCGUUGCUUGUCCCUGUGGAAUCGGACUUGCUGCGCCAACAGCUCAGAUGAUCGGCGUCGGCUUAUGUGCGCAGCAUGGCAUCCUGCCGCAUGGCGGAGGCGAGGCCUUUCAAGCUUUUGCGCAUGUCGACACCGUCGUGCUCGACAAAACUGGUACGCUCACUACUGGCGACUUCACCGUGACCGACUCGGAGAUCGUCAAACAGGAUUGCCUGUCAGAGGACCAACUUGUGUCCAUGCUGCUCGAUGUCGAACAAGCCUCGAGCCAUCCCAUAUCUAUCGGCGUACAGCGGUGGUGCAAAGCUCAAGCCGGCGAGACUCCAAAGCUCACGGCCCUCGUCGAAUCCAAUGAGACUGCUGGACGGGGCUUGCGCGCCAGAUUUUCGCGCGAUGGGCAGACUGCCGAGCUCCUCGUUGGCAAUCAGGACCUCAUGAAGGAUCAUCAUGUGGAUUGCGAAAAUGUCAGCUCAAUGCUGGCUACAUGGGCAAGCGAGGCCAAGUCAAUCAUACUUGUUGCAUAUCGGAGCAACGAGCAGCCAUUCGGGCUGGCGCUUGCAUUGGCAGUACAGGAUCGCCCUCGUGAGGAAGCAAAUCAUGUCAUCACGACCUUGCGCAAGUCUGGCGUGGAUGUCUGGAUGAUCACGGGCGAUAACAAGUCUACCGCUGAGGCUGUCGCUCGUCAGGUAGGUAUCCUACCGGACAAUGUCAUUGCAAGCGCGAGGCCGACCGACAAGCGCGAUUGGGUCGAGCGGCUUCAGGACGGCUACUCUCGUCUGCCAGCCAAGCGUCGCUGGUUCCGUUUUGACGGUCCGGCAAAGGGCAAGCGGAUCGUCUGCUUCGGAGGCGAUGGCAUCAACGAUAGUCCCGCUAUAGCCCAGGCCGAUAUAGGCCUUGCCAUGGGUAGCGGCUCGAGCAUCGCUGUCUCUACCGCUGACUUUUGCUUGCUCAAUUCAUCGUUGCUAUCUAUUCUUACCGUCCGCGACUUGUCUGUCAAGACGAUCAACAAGAUAAUCAGCAAUCUUGCCUGGGCGAGCGUUUACAAUCUUGCGCUCAUGCCACUCGCAGCUGGCGCGUUCUACGAGAUCAACGAUCGUCAGAUUCGAUUGCCGCCUGUAUGGGCAUCCCUUGCCAUGGCACUGUCGUCCGUAUCAGUUGUCGUCAAUUCGCUCACGCUUCGAUGGUUCUAUCGACUGCCAAAGAGCGUCCACUUGAUAGGCAGACACAUGCAUGACGCGAGACUGGUACAGAGUGCUGUCAGAAGCAAUCUAUCGGCCGCCCUUGCCGCCCUUUGCGCCUUGCUUAGACACCUUUGGCGCGGCAGUCUUGGCAGCGACAGGCUGUGA